AUGGCGAACAAAUCCUCGGGCAGCGAGCUCUUCGCAUUGCUCCAAGACAAGGCCGACCCCAAGAGACAGCAAGAGCUGGACGACCGCCUGGCUCAGCAAUAUGCCAAAGCACAGCAGCGCCAAUCCGAGUUGAUCGGCCUCAACUCGACCAAGCCUGUCACCAUCUCGUCCAUCCAGGUUCUGCAAGCCGAGCACACGCGUCGGGGCUUUCUCGAGCGCAUCUUCAACCCUGUCCUCUCCCACAACCAGGAAGGUCCCUACACUCUCCAGGAAGCUUUGCGCGAGGUUGGCGGCGCCGUCGACAAACUCAACCGCUUCGGUAUCUUCAAGGCUCCCGUCUCGACCUACAUCGACCAGCCCGACCAGACGGAUGCUUCUUCCACUCCCACCGAUCUUUCCGUCUUCAUUCACGCUCCCGAACGCUCGCGCUACACCAUCAAGACCGGAACUGAGGCUGGCUCGUCCGAGGGCUCUGCUUUCCUCGAUGUCGUCCUGCGCAACAUCUUCGGUGGUGCCGAGUCCUUGAAUGCCCACGCUUCGCUCGGUACGCGCACUCGUUCCGCAUACUCGGCCUACUUCGACACUCCCGUCCUCAGCAGCCCCGAUAUCCGCUUCGAGAUUGGUGGUCUUGCCAGCUCGACCCUCAAGAGCUGGGCAAGCCAUGAAGAGCUCAUCAAGGGUGGAAGCACAAAGCUGAAGUGGUUGAGCUCAUGGGGCAGCAAGCACGAGUUGGGUUACUCUGGUAUUUGGAGACAAGUUACUGGCCUCUCCGAGAAUGCUUCUCCUACCGUCCGCGCCGACGCUGGUGACAGCUUCAAGUCCAGCAUCACACACACUUUCAUCAACGAUACCCGCGAUGCUCCUAUGCUUCCCUCGAGAGGUUUCCUUUUCAAGUCUAUCGGUGAACUUGCCGGCUUUGGUCCGCUUGCUGGAGAUGUUGCUUUCGCAAAGUACUCUGCCGAGUCACAAUUGGCUCUUCCCGUCCCUGUUCCCGGUGUUGCUGACAGCGGUAUCUCAUUCACUGCUGGUCUUCGUGGUGGUCUUCUUUACCCUUUGACUCAGGCCGGUGCCGAUAAGCCUGCCGCAUCUCGCAUCAACGACCGUUUCCAACUCGGUGGCCCUACUGACGUUCGUGGUUUCCGCCUGGCUGGACUUGGCCCCAGAGACGGACAAGACGCCGUCGGUGGUGACAUCUACGCCGCUGGUGGUGCAAGCCUGCUCUUCCCUGUACCAGGAAUGGGCAAGGACACCCCUCUACGAUUCCAAACCUUCAUCAACGGCGGUCGUCUAUUGGCUCUCCAAGACGUCGCAAGUGGUGAAAAGGGCGGCAACAACGUCCAACAAAGCGUCAAGAACACUUUCCAAGAACUCUCCAACGGCCUCCCUAGCUGUGCGGCUGGUGUCGGUCUCGUCUACGCUCACCCCGUUGCACGAUUCGAGUUGAACUUCUCUCUGCCAUUGGUCCUCCGCAAGGGCGAGGAAGGCAGAAAGGGUGUCCAGUUCGGUGUCGGCAUUGACUUCAUGUAGAACGAUUAGUUCUCUUCUUCUUUGCCCAAUAAUGAGGUUGUACAGAUAGAAAAAAAAAACUCAAG